UUCUCCAGUUGUCCUUGCACACGUGUACAGAACAGUGGUCGACUGAGGAAAAAAUAAAUGCAAAUGUUUUAUUUUUACAGAACUCUAAAAAAAAAAGUCUUAUUUUACGGAGCCCGGAAGGGGACAUAAAGAAAAAACUCGAUAGGUGGAAAAAAAGCUGCGAGAUCUCUCAAUAUCGCUUUUUAAAAAACCUUUGCGGGAUCUCGCUCCGUAUGGUAUCAACCAAUAUAAGAAUGAACUACAAGUUCACAUUUGCCUUACACGCACUGGUCGCUUUGAUGACGUCAAGCCAAGCUGACCCCUCAGCUCAGCGCGAAAUUUAAAAAUAUAAUUUCCUGUGUCUGUUAGAAGGAUGGGGUUUUGCUCAAAAAACAGUGUUUGACGUGAUAACGUUAUAUAUAUAGAAAUUUAAGCAUAUAGCUUACGUAUAAAGCGGAUUUAUGUCCCUUUGCGGAUGUUUUGGUGUUCAAGCAAACAGUGACGCAAUCAAACAGCACCCGGAUUGUUUGUUGUCAGUUAGCCGUUAGCCAGUAGUAACGAUAAUUGUAGCUUUGUUAGUAAAGUAGCCUCUUCUCAAAAUAUUGAGAUAAUUAAGUACGCCUGUUAUAUGGUAGAAUACUGUAGCUCUCAUAACAUCGCUCUGCUCUUGCAAUUAUUCAGAUACCUAUUUUUCUUAAGUUAGUUAUUUAGCCAAAGAGAUAAUAUGGGAUAAUCUGGUGACAGCAGCAAUACUGGUUAACGGGUAGCGUUGACUAGUAAAAGUAAUUUCCCAGCAUGGAUGAUAACUCGUCUUUGAUGGCGACUGGUCUUUCUCAAGUAUCUUUCCUCCAGAGGACGUUAGAGCGGUUAUCUUCUACACAUAUUCUGACAUUAAAAACCGAAGAGGCGCCACCUGUCGCUGUCAUUGCACUUCAGAGGUAUUUAUCCGAGCAAACCGAAGGGCUGCCCCAGCUUGACAGCUACAGCUUCGACGCGAUCGUCACUGACGGAGUCUGGCGAGCUAAAUGCUUUGUUCACCCUCAUUUAAAUCACCUGGUGCACGCAAAUACCCUGAGGACCGGAACUGACAUUAGCAUCACGCAGUGUUCUUUUGUUUACAAUGAGAGGAGACUAGGACAUGGCUACAUUUGCAUUGAAAACCUCAGAUGUGGUGCAGGGAGGUCUGCUGUCCUGUCCCGGAUAAACGAUGUCACUUCACUGCCUGUGCUGGUGAAGCGUGGAAUGGAGAGGAGUGUGGUACUGCAAAGUGAUGUUCCCCUUCAGCUGGGCCGCAGACACUACCUGUCGCUGUGGAACAAUGACGAUCCAGAGGGAGACAUCUGGAUAGCAGGGUCUCCCUUGUCUGACAUAGUGCUGGAUGUGUCCAGGAUUGCUCUACUGUGUAGUCUGGAGUCAUCAUUUCCUUUCUCAGGGAAACAUCUCCCUCUUCUAGUGAAGAUAAUACACAAAUCCAGAUUGAGGUAUUAUGGGAAGUUUGGGCUCAAGAUUGAUUACCCCUACCAGGCAUACUUUGAAGUUGCUGACCAGACUGGCAUAAUGUCCCUUGUGCUUUGGAAUGAACUUUGUCCCGAGUUUUACCAGAGACUCACUGUAGGAACAGUGUUGUACCUCCAAAAUUACACCCUGAAGCAGAGUUAUUCAAACCGGUCACGGCCUCAAAUGGACCAUCACAGGAUGAAGACUUUUAAAUCUGUAGAAAUCUGUCUGAACCCUCGCAACCCUGCUUCAGUCAUCACUGUGGUACCCCCAAAGAGUGUGCUGCCUCAGUGGGGCCUGCCUGAGGUUUCCUACCAGUUCAUCACCAGGUCAGAGUUGGAAAAAUUACCCAACAAUUCUGCAUGUGAUGUCAUUGGUUUAGUAACAUUUGUUGGUCGGGUUGAAAGAGUCAGAAGUAAAGGCAACAAGGGUCCAGAAAAAUACUGGACAUAUCGCUGGGUCCACGCACUGGAUGGGACCUCUCACCAUCCUUUUAUCUUAGAGAUUUUUUCCUCAUCUCAGCCAGAAAUCUUUAAUCGUAUCUGUUCAAUGACCUACCUGGUUUGUACUCAGAUGAGGGUUUGUCAAGUGGAAGGUUCUUUGCCAUACCUCACAAGCAGCUGUGAGACUGAGACAUUCAUCACAGGCUACCACAAAGGUCAGCCAUAUGUGAGUGACCCCAGAGUGAAGAGCUUCAUCCAGUGGACUAAGACUCUGAAGGACAACAUCAUCCUCCAGAAGACAGCUGUUGGUGGCCAUUACUGCUACCCUCACCCUCCACAGACAUUUACACAGUCAGUGGCAGAUUCCUCAGGACAAGUUCCUCUGGUUGCUGCAGCUGACCUCAAGAGGGAGUUGGAGACCCUGCAAUACAGGGAACAUAAAAAACUGGCAAUUCAAGGCCAGAUUACAACAGUGCGGUACUUGAGGGUUCUAGAGACCAUAGAGCCACUAGGAACAGAAGAGGUUUCUGAUGUUGCUACUGAUGUGUGUGAAUCAGCUGUACCAGACACACACAGUCAUUCCUCGACAGCUGAGUGGACUCCGGCGGAACGUGUAACAUCUCCCUGUGCUGAGAACAUCUUAGCCAGCAGAAGGAAAAGAAGAAUUCAGUUGAGAAAAGCCACGCAGUCCUCGAAUCAUGGAAGCAUGCCAGCAAAAAGGAGGGCUGGACAUGCAAAUACAGAGGAAGGACGAGAGCAGGAAGAAAAAGAAGAAGAAGAAGACAGUGACUCUGCAUCAGAGGAGGCACAGAAUGUGGAGCAAAUCCUCCAACUGCAAAAUCCAAGUCAAGUUUGUUUUCAACCAGAUAUUUUGUCCUGGGAAAGUAGCAGUUGGCCGCAGCAAAGACUUGAAGUGUCCGAACAUUUGUGCCAAGGUGGUCUGUACCAGGACAGCCUCUCUCGGAGGUUCACAUUUGAUGAGAAGAACAUCCUCCUGCAGUGGAGUAACCUUCAGCCAGUGCGGUGGAGCCCAGAGCAGACUGCUGACCCCCUCCCACCUGUGGUCUGUCCAGGAUUCUACCAAGUCACAAUAUUAGGCAUAAACAAGCAGAUAGCUGUUGAUGCAGCUUUUUUUCCUGUUGUGAGCUCUGAUGAGCCCAGGGCAGUAGGUCUGCCUCUGGAUCCCCAUGGCAACACCAUGCUUUCCUGCCUUUUGUCAGGCUUCCUCUGUCCUCUCAGUGACACAGCCAACCAUAGCGACAUGACUCUUCCUGAGCCAGAGGAGAUAUUAGCGACCGCCAGUGAGCUGCAGGAUACACAUGUGGUGUGCAUCUUGGACCUUUGUCAUCUGGGUGGAGAUAAGGUGGAGGUCCUGAUUAACAAGGUGUACAGAGUGGCAGAGGUUUCUCUUAACUAGGAGGUGCAGAGGAGCAAGUACUUAAUCCUGAGGGAGUAUCUUCUAAUUUUUAACAGCAUACAUUAACCAUGUAACUGAAGUUAUUUUGGAUAGCAAGAGCAAAGGAGCCCUAAGGCCAAAACUCAUUUUGAUAUUUGUAAAUCCAUGUACAGUACACAUCAAGUAGUACUUUUUUUUUUACUUGGACUUGGAUCUUUUGAAGAGUGCAAAAGGUUGACUUUUUAAAACAAAAUUCCUAAAAAUGCUUAUUUUAUUACCAUCUUGAUUCAGACCCCCUGUACAUUUAGUGUGGCUGACAGAUGUUGGUUUGGCUACAAAUAAAGUGUCAAACGGUACUUU